CUCUUCCGCCGCCAUUUUUUCCGGUUCUCCCAUCAGCCCACCCCCCUGGUGGCGCAUCCUGACGGUGAAGCAGGCCGGGCAGACUUUCUCAUUCAGUCGAGUGGGGGGAACCGCCUACAGCUGCAUGUGCGGUGCCGAAAGAUGGCCUCACCGAGGACAAUAACCAUAGUGGCCCUAUCCUUCGCUCUGGGUUUAUUCUUCGUCUUCAUGGGGACCAUCAAGCUCACCCCGCGGCUCAGCAAAGACGCCUACAGUGAAAUGAAAAGAGCCUACAAGAGCUACGCCAAGGCAYUGCCAGGUCUGAAGAAGAUCGGGAUCAGCUCGGUGCUGCUCCGCAAGAUCAUCGGCUCCCUGGAAGUGGGCUGUGGAGUGGUCCUGACCCUGGUGCCGGGCCGGCCCAAGGACGUGGCCAACUUCCUGCUGCUGCUGGUCAUGCUGGCCGUCCUGUUCUUCCACCAGCUGGUUGGAGACCCGCUCAAGCGCUACGCCCACGCUCUGGUUUUCGGCAUCCUGCUCACCUGCCGGCUGCUCAUCGCCCGCCAGAGCGACGACCGGCCAGAGCGCGAGGACAGCAGAGAGGAGCAGCACAUCAACGACCAGGAAAGGAACAAAGUCAAGCAGUCUUAAGAUGGCCUGUCAGCAGUACAAGGAGAACCUGGUGCACUUCUACGGACYGUAAAUCUUAAGGGAAACAUUCACUCCGAGUAAUAAUUUGUACAUCUCAUGUUCUGUCCAGCUGGUUGACUGAUUACUUUCACUUCUUCCUCUGCACUUUUACUGUGAAAAUAAGAAGUCCUGUACGUCCUCUACAUAUCUGUGGACAAUCAUGUGGAAAAUCUGUUGAUCUCAGCUCAUCGUCGCACACAGUUAAUGCAGUUUCUUAUUUAUUUAAGUCCCACACUGUAUGAAUGUUUAUUUUUUGUUUCACUUAAGUAUAAAUUUCAUGAGUUGAUUUGAGAAUGUUGAGUCUUUGCCGCUUGUUUUUUUCUAAUUUCUUUUUUAUAUUGUAUGUGUGGGUAGGAGAAACAAUUMAUUAAUAAACUUCAAGCAUGUUUAACGUGAUCAAAAGUACAGAAGAUAAACCAAAAUUACAUUAUAGAAAGACCUUUGUACCAACUCUACUUCAGUUUGUCUUAAAAGAAGAAUCAUGUUACAAUGAAAWACACAAAUCAACUGAUAUUUCUGUAUGUUUACAUUUGUUCCAAAAUAAGCUGAUUAUUCAAACUUCUUUCAUCAUAGUUAAAAUGUUAUGGUGGAAAAAUUGGCAGUGGUUGCCUCGGUUGUUUGCCGUGAACUUGUACUGGACUGAACCAAAACAAACAUCUCUGUCAGUUAGAAUCUGUGUUUUAUCCGUUGUAAUGCACAGCUGAAGUCCUAAACUUAAUGGGUUUUAUUUUUCAUCUCUAAACAUUUCAAUAGCAUUUCUACUGCGUUUGAAAAGGCCAUCAAGAUUUCUGUAAAUGGUGUACUUAAAAUUAAAUGCUGGAUUGACUUAACACGUUCUGGGUUCUAUAAAACUUUUAAAUUAGAUUUUUGAAAAUGUUAACCUAAGCUCUGAGAAUURUGUAAAAAAAACAUAACUAUUGAAAUGUGAGGGGAAAAAAAAAUCUGGCUAUUACAAUAAUGUAAUAAAGUCACCACCUAAAUUUAAAUAGAAAA